AGGGCGUUUUCUCUGCGGAGGUUGCUGUGGGACCGGGUAGUGCGGGGGUGUCUGUGCUCUGUGUGUAGCUCCGGAGGGAAUCUUGAAAUCUCCAGCACCGGGCUCUCUACAUCCCAGUGUCGAGACCGCCGAUCGGGACGCUCUGUACCUUGCUGGCGGUGCAGCUCGGACCGCUUGUCGAAGCUCAGAGCUGUUAAGACCCGCCACCUCCUUCGAUCGCAAAGUACAGAAGAGCGCUUGCACUCGACAUGGCCGCGUUGACUGCACCACCCCUACGCCACAGCUCAACAAUGCGAGAUACACCAUUCAAAUCGACCGCACCCAUCCCCAUACCGAACCUCCGCAGGGUGAACGACCCACCGCCGCGCUCGCCGACUCGGUGCUACGAGACGUCGACCGACCUCAUCUUCGACAUGUCACCCCAUUCCGGUAUUGACACACCGUUAAUGCAACAGAGGGAUCCUCCAUCUGUUUUGACUCAUACUUCGGCGCACUAUGCCCGAAAGCCUCUUACCUUCAGUACUCGCUUUGUGACCACCAAAAGCCCGCCAGUGGAACGUCCCCCCUACUGGGAAGAGCCUUUUCUUUACUCGGUACCUCGUCUGCCACCUCGAGCACCCUUGGGACACAGCCGGACACAAUCUGCGAGAGUCAACAGGUCUGACUCGUUUGAGCAGCGCAAAUCGACGCAGGAGCCAUCGUCAUAUUCCUCGUCAUCCUCGCUGCGUUCGUUUUCGCAGCCACGCAGAGCAAAACCAGACGUCCACGAUCCUUAUGUCGCGAAAGCAGUUCAAGAGUCCGCCCAUGUCCUCACCGCUGCGUUUCAGCAAUCCUUCACCACCGCCACGUCCUUCACGCAGUCCUUUGAGUCUCCGGCUCCCUCGCACGUGCAAUUCAAGGAGCCGUUGUCCCCGCCGGACUCUAUCCAGGGCUGGGGCUUCCCACCACGAUCGCGACGCCCGUCACCGAUACGACACAAGCGUACGCUGACAGGGUCGAGCGUCAUCUCGGGCGUGCCGCGCACGAGCGCUGCGGAACCUAUCGUCUCGUUCGCGCAGGCAGAGCUCGGGCGUUCUCCGAGCUCGGGCGCGGUAGCGCGCGUCGUCAAAGUAACGCGCACGACACCCACGAAUUCGCUUCGAGCCAAGUCGCCGUACCCUGUCGUGCGCGGGCGGCGGGCGUCCACGCUUCGUGGGCACCCCGUGAAAAUCUCAGACGAGGACAUCGCGGGCACACUCGACAAGAGCCAGGCUGCGGGAAAGUUUGGCCUGGAGAAGUUUUUGCCACAACCCCUCCCGCGCGGGCGUGCCCUCGACGAGAACGUUUGCACCAAGGACGAGAACGUUUGCAUCAAGGACGAGAACGUCGAGCGUGGCCGGACUCGUAGCCGCAUGAGAGCCGGUCGGCUGGCAUAGUCGCGCUUUUUCCUUUGCAAUCAUGGAAUAUUUAAGACAUAUAGAAAAUAUAGGCACUCUCCACGCAUCACUCCUCAUCGAUCACAACACGGACUUGUCCCAUCACAUUCGCAUCGCAUGGUUGGCAGCAUUGUCUUUAUUUCAUUUUUCGACCUCAUGCCCGACGAAAGCUCGGCCGCACCCACACCUUCGUUGCCCAUUUGUAGACGUCCUCAUCGUUAAUUGUAGCUAUUCACAUCCAUCCAUCGCAUCUCAUCUCGCUCGUUGCACUCUUUCUCGCACUCCUCUCCUCAAUACUUUUUUGGGCUCCGUCCACGUCUGUGCAAUUGUUCUUCAUUCAAAAGCAUGGUCCCAGAUACCUGUCGCAACUCUUUGUCAUCUUAAUCGCAGUCUUCGUGAUCUGUGGAAUUUUGCCUCAUCAACACUUCUCCGUCUCAUCAUGAUCAUUAAUUAAUUGUUGUCUUCGUGCACCCACGCACGUUGUGGUCAUAGUUUCAGUCGUUCAUUUCAUUCCCCAAUCAACCAACACUUCACACAAACUCUCAUCGGACAUAUGUUAUCAUCACACUAGUACUACCUUAUGAGAAUAAAAUUCAACGCC